CAGCCUGAAAAUGCAUUUGAAAUUGAUUUGCAGAGAGCUGAGCAAGUUGAAGCGCUAGAUGGAAGUGGUUUGUUGGCUGGAUCGCAAGUGAUGAAAGCCAAGAAUGAAAAAGAGGAGGAGAUUGUUGCCACACCGGUCGACCAGCUCAAGGAAUUUAUAGCUGUUCCACCCUUUAACGAGGAGAAUGGGCCGAAGGAGGGAGCAGGGAUAUCCCAAAUUCAGUUAAAAGAUGCCAGUUUAGUGCAAGAUUUCAAUAAUUCUCAAAAUUUGCUUACCGACGAUGUCAAAAUUUCAAAAUCUGUAAAUUUUGAAAAUUCAAGUGAUAUUGACAAGGUGCAGUUCACACCCAAGUUUGCAGAAGAGGCCGAACGGGUUUUAGCCACAAUCGAAACAUGUGAAAAUGAUAAAGAGCGAAUGCUAGCUGACAGCGCUAAAGAGAUAUCGAAUGCCAGAGGAAACAAUAGCUCUGCGGUGAGCAAUGCAGAGGUGGAUAUAGUUACAGAAGGAGCUGGGAGGAGCACACAGGAGCAGGUGGCAGUCGCAAAGCAAGAGAUUCUACAAGUGAAAGAGGAGGGAGAACAGGAACCAGAACAGGGACUAAACCAGGACCAGGGUCUGGAUCAAGGACAGGACAAGAAUCAGCCAGAUCGGAGCGAGGGGUUGCUUGGCUCCUCCCACAGCUCAGUUUUUGAACAGAAGUUUUUGAAUACUUCUGCAGUGGAUUCAUCCCACAACAUGAGUUCGGGCUAUAGCAUCUUGAGCACCACGCUAUCCGUCAAAACCAGCCCCUCUCCCUCAAACGACGACCCCAAAUUCAGGUUCAGAAAAGUCUCUCUAGUGUCCGAAGAUGAGAACGAAACCAACCAAGAAGCUCAGGGCUUGGACAGAACUACCACCACUACUACUACUACUACAGUAACAUCAAAUGGAGUAGAUUUAGAUACAGAUUACAAAUGGAGGAACAGAUAUACUUUGAAUGCAUCUGAGUACACACUAAAGUCUACUACUCCUACUACUUUUGCUGCUACUAAUACUGAUACUGCUGCUUCUUUCCCUGAGAGUAUAGCUUACAGCAAAAGUAUUUCCUCCCAAACUGCUAGCAACUUUAGCCAAGUGUUGGUUGACAGGUCAGAUGAGACAGACACAGGAAGUGGGCGUGGCUUUGGUGAAGAGGGGGCGGGCUCUAGUGUGGCACCUGCGUUGGAGCGGAGAGAGGGAGAGGCAGAGGGAUCAGAUGCUGCUCGCUACUCAACACAGACAGAAAAGGAGAACGACGAGAUCUAUAGUGGAGUUUUUCAAGCGACUCUUGUGGAUUUGGAUCCCGAUUCUCCAGUUUCGGCACAAGCAAGGCCACUUCUGACGCCACCCGGCUCCCCAGAGGAAUUGGAAGAAUCGCCAAGCCAGUUUGAAAUGGACAGUUUGGUGGAUACGCUGAAAAAUAUGGGUCCUUCGAUGAGAAUGAGGAGUCUAUCAGCCAGAGGAGCCCAGUCAAGCCUCCUCUCCUCCUCUCUGUCUCUGCCUCCCAUAGUCGAAGAUGCCCCCAGCCCCAUCACAGCCAAUGCAAUGAUCCUUAAUAAUAAUAAAACAGAAGUGGAUGGAGUGAAUGGGAACUUGUACACGCUGCCACCAGACCUCGGGCUGAAGAAAAGCAGUUUAAGAGAUACGAGAUCCCCACUGGAGCUCCUGAAACUGCAGGCCAAACAGGAUGGCUCUAGACCUCUGCGCGCCUCAGCUGCAAACAGCAUCGUGAUGAAGUCUUCCUCAGAGUCUUCCUCAGAUGACCUCCCCUCCCCCCACCUCCUCAACGGCUCCAACAGCUCCACCGGCUCCCGACUCGACAAUAGCAUCAUCUUCUCCAGUUUUCGCUCCUCCUCCGUCGACCAAAACUCCGAAAACGGGACCAAAUCGCACCGUUCCCUUUUCCGGGCCUCCUCUCUCCCUGAUAUUGGACAUUCGAACGAUCGCAUUAGCUUACCACCGAGAGACAACAGUGAAAACGAUUCAGCUACAUCACGUUUUGAGCGUUUUUCAUUCCUGCUAAACUCCUCAUCCUCUUCCGGGUCGCUGACGGGAGCAGAGGACUACACUGCCAGAAUUAGCCGCGCACCUUCGCUCUCCAUCAGCUCGCCCCCUUCUGGCAACAGUCCCACAAUGCUGCUGAGUCCAACUGGGUCCCUGGAGCUAAACCGACCAUUCUCAUCCUUGGGAGACUCAUCGUUCGGAGUGGGAGCGCCACUGCUGCAGAGGAGCUUCAGCGGGGACAGUGGGGUGGGGCUCCAGCAGGGGGCGCCCAUGUUCAGCAAUUUCCACGCCUCAACGCACUUCCCGAACCAAGAGCCAGAGCCUGAAAGAAACCUGCUGUCCAAGUAUAGAGCCUUCCCCGAUGCUUACCUCACAAAGGAGAAGGAACAUGGGAAGCUCAACCCUCGGCCUGGAAAGAUGUAUUUGUUUGACCGUCCUGGCAUGUGUGGGCAGAGGAUUGAAAUACGCAGUGAUGUCGUCGACGCCACAUCCUGGGAGCUGGAAGAAACCAUCUCCAUCAGAGUCAUACGAGGAGGAUGGGUACUGUAUGAAAAGCCUGAUUUUAAAGGAGAGAAGAUCGCGCUGGACGAGGGAGAGGUCGAGUUGACAAAUCCUUUUGGCCCAGUGGAGGAGCAGAUGCCACAGGUGAACGGAGGACAGGUGAACGGAGGACAGGUGAACGGGGGACACACAAAUGAAACAAAUGGAGAACAGGAAACGAGUGAUUCACUGACAGAGGAGAAGCCCGUGCGGAGGUGUGUCAUCGGGUCCAUUCGGCGAGUGGUCAGAGACUACAGUGUUCCAGAGAUUAGCCUGUUCCCAGAGGAGAACGCAGAGGGGAAGAAGGUAGUUUUCAGAGACACUUCAGAAGAUGCUCGGAUCUUUGGUUUCCCCAUCAAAGCAAACUCGGUCAUCAUCAACGCUGGCCUGUGGCUGGUGUACGCUGAACCGUUCUUCCAGGGCAUUCCUCGGGUCCUGGAGGUCGGAGGUUACUCAAACCCUGAGGCCUGGGGAGUGAAGCAGCCAUACGUCGCCUCUCUGCACCCGCUCAAGAUUGGAGAGCCCCGGGUAGAAAACAUGGGAGAACCAAAGAUGGUCGUCUAUGAGAAGCCAUAUUUCUGUGGUAAAUCCAGAACCAUCACUACAAACGCCCGGGACUUCAUCACGAGGAUGGAGCGAGGACAGCAGGCAUUCAUGCACAACGUGGGGUCACUCAAGGUCAUGGGAGGGAUCUGGGUGGGCUUUGAGAAGGAGGGCUUCCGUGGACACCAGUAUCUCCUGGAGGAGGGGGACUAUCAGGACUGGAGGAUUUGGGGCGGCUGUGACUCUGAGCUUAGGUCCGUGCGUGUCAUCCGAGCGGACCUGACUGACCCUGUGCUGGUGAUGUUCGAGCAGCCGGAGGAGGAGCAAGAGGAGCAGGCAGAAAAUACAUUUGAAGUGACGGAGGCCAUUGCUGAUGUAGAACUGUUUGGGUUUAAGACCUCCACCCGAUCCAUCCACGUCCUCAGCGGAGCGUGGGUGGCGUAUUCUCAUGUGGACUACUCAGGACACCAGUACAUUUUGGAGAAAGGCUUCUACAAUAACUCUGCAGACUGGGGCUCUGUGGCUAAUCGCAUCUGCUCCAUCCAACCCAUCCUCUCUGUUCCAAAAGACAACACAACCAACAGGAAUCAAAUAUUAUUGUACUCCGAGCCAGAUUUCCAAGGCCAGUGCUUGGCCAUUGACCGCAACAAGGAGGCGCUAUCGGACAAACUACUCCCUAAGUCCUGCAGAGUGGCGGGUGGCAGCUGGGUGCUGUAUGAGAAUAAAGAUUUCCAAGGAAAUAUGUACGUGUUGUCAGAGGGAGAUUAUCCGAACCUGACGAGUAUGGGAUGCCCUCCUAGCUGCUACCUGCGCUCGCUCAAGGUCGUGCCAAUGAUGCUAUCGAUCCCGUCCAUCUCACUGUUCGGUCUGGAGUGUCUGGAGGGCAGAGAGAUCACCACGGAAACAGAGAUCUUCAGCUUAGUGGAAGAAGGCUACAACAACCACGUCCUGUCUCUGCGCAUCAACAGCGGCUGUUGGGUGAUAUGUGAGCACAGUAACUACAGGGGGCGCCAGUUCCUCUUGGAGCCAAUAGAAAUCACAAACUGGCCUAAGUUCAGCUCCAUGCAAACCAUCGGCUCCAUGUAUCCAGUGAGACAGAAGCGCAACCUGUUCCGUGUGAAGAGCCGGGAGCGAGGGCAUUACCUUUCCGUGCAGGGGGGAGUGGAGGAGAUGAAGUCUGGAAGGAUCGUGGUGACGCCGGAGGUGGAGCCCAUGAGCGACAUCUGGUACUACGAGGCUGGACUCAUCAAGAACAAGCUCUCCCCCAUCAUGAGCCUCCAGGUGAUGGGGACAGUGGAGCCUGGAGCUAAGGUGGUUCUGUGGAGCGAGAACAGGCAGCCCAUCCAGACCUGGACGGCCCAGAUGAGAGGCCUGGUGUCCAGCCUCACGUUCUCCGGCAUGGUCCUGGACAUCAAAGGAGGUAAAACAUACGAUAAAGACCAUGUAGUGAUUAUGCCUGAAGACGAGGACCGCCCCAGUCAGCAGUGGGACAUCGAGCUGCUCUAGUUCUGUCUUUAAUAUGUCCAUUUACACGCCUCCUACCACACACCUACUACUGUGUUAUAUGAACAUAAUAUAUAAAUAGUUUAUUUGCAAAGACAGAAGUGGCAUUCAAAGCACAAAGUGAGGUUUAUAUUACCUCCUUGCAUAGCACUCUCUUCAAACCUCAAAUGUACCUUAAGCCAUUACAAUUAUGUUUAAGAAUUGAUUUUUAAAAUAUUAGGGCUGCAGUGAUUAAUCAGCUAAUACAGACUCUAAAACACAUUUUUAUCUUGAUACUUUCCAGUGUCAUCAUGUUGGGGGUGUUUUGCAUGUAUGUCUGUGGCGGAAUGUUCAGCAGUUACCAUGGUAACACAAUGCACACAUUAGCAAAUACAGCCCUGUUGUAGUUGUAGCCAAGUCAGUUCUUAAUGGUGAGGCUGUGUUAAAACAAACCUCAGAUUAAAGUGUAACAAAGCCUCAGACAGAGCAGUGCCUACAGUUAGCAUCAUGCCCACAGACAUUGUUGAUGACAUCAGCUGAAAAAUAUCAAUAACACACUUUAGUCGUAAAUGAUUUUAUCUAUAAGCCUUCAGUCUGCAUAUGUCAAUAUCUCAACCUUCAUUUGAGAUAUAUAUUUAAAACAAUCUCACUGUACAAUAUAAUAUAUAUACACAACUAUAUAAAAACAAACUGAUAUCUGAAUGUCUUUAUAAAUAUGCCACCCAUGUUUCAGGGAAUUUGUUGCCACUCCCUCCUCUGUACCAUAUUCUCACCGUCCCUCCUCUGUACCAUAUCCUCACCGUUCCUCCUCUGUACCAUAUCCUCACCGUUCCUCCUCUGUACCAUAUCCUCACCGUUCCUCCUCUGUACCAUAUCCUCACUGUUCCUCCUCUGUACCAUAUCCUCACUGUUCCUCCUCUGUACCAUAUCCUCACUGUUCCUCCUCUGUACCAUAUCCUCACUGUUCCUCCUCUGUACCAUAUCCUCACCGUUCCUCCUCUGUACCAUAUCCUCACCGUUCCUCCUCUGUACCAUAUCCUCACCGUUCCUCCUCUGUACCAUAUCCUCACCGUUCCUCCUCUGUACCAUAUCCUCACUGUACCUCCUCUGUACCAUAUCCUCACUGUUCCUCCUCUGUACCAUAUCCUCACCGUUCCUCCUCUGUACCAUAUACUUGUGCCUUUAGCCUUAGGCCUGUCUUAGCUGUGAUCCACCACCAUUAUAAACACUGUAUUUUAUAUUUUUUAAUUUUAUGAAGUUGUUUUGUGUAUUUUUCUCUGAGUGCCUUUAUCUUUAUCUGAGAAUUACAGGUAAAUUGUCUUGUAUUUUAUGAAUUAUGUGUUAAAGCUUCACUAUGGAACUUUUCUAGUGCCUGAUCUGGUUUUGUCCAAGGAUAUGGUAUCGUGUUGCCUGGAAUGUCCUACAGUAUGGCUUUACACACGUUUAUUCAACUAGAGGUGUUUUCAUUGCUCAAAAAUAGAUUGAAAACAUGACUGGGCUCGCCUCUCCACAGAUCUGACCUGUAACACGGCCCAAUUUCAUGACCUGCUCGUCUCCAUGGAGAUAGACAAGUUCAAUGCCAUACUGUGUAACAUCCCAGGCAUAGCAAUAAUAAUAAUAAUAACGUCUCUAUGGAGAUCAACAGGUGAUAUAGACCCUUUACCACCCACCAGAAAAGUUCCGUAGUGUGCCUUUUAAGUAUUGAGACUUGUAUCCUCCAUAGUUUAGCUCUGGGCAGAUGCAAACCAACGCACUUGUAGCUGAUGCGUGUUCUGUUUACAAAGGAGAGACCAGAGCUUCACGGGUUUUUAAGAUGCUUUUGUUGUGAAAAUAGUCCAAGUCUUGGCCAAAUGCCUGUGUGUGUUUCAUUGUGCAGUGAAGCGACAGGGAUUUAAGUCCAAAAACAUGUUACUCAAGUGUUCCUCUAAUGACUCUAUAUGUUAAUAUGUUUUAUACAGAGAUGUGUUCAAAUGUUUAUGAAGGGAGAGGUUUGAAAAUUAUAAAUAAAAAUAAAGUUAAAGCU